GUAUGAAGGCUCAGUGAGGAAGUGGCUCCUUUUAGCAACAUUAGCUUCUGUGCUACAGGUCUGUAAACAGACAUGACAGACGGCUGUCUCACUGACGUCGAUGAUGUCACCGGUGUGACUUCGUACCUCAGGAUUUGACCGUUGGGGCGCUGCAGCGAAGACACGAAGAUGUCGUCUCAGAUCAUGUUUCGUGCUCUAGUGUGUGGAGCCGUGGUGUUCCCAGGACUUUUCUACGCUUUCAGGAAAACCCUGAGACACUCGUUCAGACAGUGGAGCGAUGCCGACGUGGUUUCUGUCAGUGAGAGGCUGGUCUCCGCCAUCCACGCUUCUCUGGCUACUGCAGCUGGAGUCAUUGUAGUGACCUCCUGCAGGGACACCAUGAAGGACAGUCACUGGCUGGUCAAUGGCUUUGCUGUGUUCGGGGCGCCCUACAUGGUCCAUGACAUCUACGCCAUGUAUCUGAGCCACUACCAUGUCCAGAGGGUCAGAGGUCAGUCCGGGUCAUGCAGCAGCCACUCUCUUCAGAUAGUGAAGGCUUUCGUCCGCAAGGAGUGGAUGCUGAUCCUUCACCACCUGGCCCUGCUUCUCGUGUUCAUGCCCAUCACACUGUUUUUCCGAAGAGGACUGGGGGAUUUCUUCAUUGGCUGCCUGUUCAUCACAGAGUUCAGCACUCCCUUCGUCUCUUUGGGGAAGAUUCUGAUCCAACUGGGCCUUGACGACACCAGGCUGCACAGGCUCAACGGCAUCGUUGUCCUCCUCAGUUUCUUUACGUGUCGGAUCGCCAUCUUCCCCUUCAUGUACUGGAUGUACGGCCGGCAGUUUGGAAUUCCUGUGCAUAAAGUGGCCUUCCAUCUGCCCCUGCAGUGCAACGUGGGUAACAUGGCAAUACUGGCUCCACAGGUCUAUUGGUUUAUCCUGCUGCUGAGGAAAGCUAAAAGGUUGUACCAGCGCCAGAAGAGAGGGAAGGAAGACGGGAGCAAAGACAGGCCGAAGACAGACUGAAGGAUUCACCAACUGAUAAAUAAAUACAGGGUUCAACACUAACACUCAAGAUACAACAGAGGGCUGCCUUCUUCAAAUACAAUAUAUAUUUUCUUGUUAUAAAGUUUAGAUUUUUUUUUCUUGAAAUAAAGCCGUUCUCCUGUGAAUUGUCCAUUUUAUUA